AUGCACGCGAUGUUGCGGCUGGCGGACGACGGCCAUGAACGAAUCCUUCGCAGUCCGUCGAUUCCGGCAGAUUCCGCCGGUGUUUAUGUUAGCGAGGCACGGCUCGACAUGCACUGGAACUAUGGGCCUUCUAUUCAGCUCAAGCGCUUAAAGGACACUUCGAAUUUUAGAAAAGGACGUACGCGUUACAAGCAGGCGCGAUGUCCUUCUCGCAAGAUAACUCGAGGAACUCCAAGCCAUCUCUUCCCCCCAACUGGUCUGCGCGCCUUCUCCCAGUCGCAGCCUCCCCGCUUUCCGCCACCCACAGCCGCACCACCCGCGGCCCCCGUCCCCGCAUCCGCCACUUUCCCGCGCCGUCCGCCUCCCCCCCAGGGGGAAUGGGAAGGCGCACGUGUGGCUGCCGCUGCGGUUGGGGAUGGGUCCAGGUGGACUGGGCGGCAUCUCUUGGCAGCAUGUGACUCUGCACGUGGUGCAAGUGGCGGUGGAUUCCCCUCAUCGCCAGCAGCAGCACCAUCCUCGUUAUUAUCAUCCUCGUUAAUAGCAUCUUCAGCACCAUUGUCAACGUCAGCAGUUGCAAAGCUGCUGCAGACAGGAAACGCUGCAGCGCUGCUUCUCCUCUGCCAGGCACUUUUUCCAGCGUCCUUUUCUGUCGCAACACCCACUCUCGCUCUCCUCCACCUCCUCUCCUCCUCGCCCCUCCUCUCUCCCCUCUCCCGCCUCCUCUCCCCAUUCUCCCGCGCCCUCGCCCCGCUCUCCCGCCUACUCUUCCUCCGCCUCCCCUUGCGCCCGCGCCUAGCCAGCAGCACAGGCGGGGAAAAGGGGAAAUCAGCCUGA